AUGGCUGCUUUCUUCUUCGUGUUUGCCUUCGGCCACUAUUGCAAGUGUUGGGUGAGACAGAUACUGUGGCUGGACAAGAUUUGCAUCUCACAGACGGACGUGCAAUGCAAAGCAGAAGCUAUCGCUGCACUUCCGGACUUUGUCAAGCGAUCUUCUCGAAUGCUGAUCCUUUGGGAUGAGACUUACUUUGAGAGGUUAUGGUGCAACGUAGAAAUUGCCGUGUUCCUCAAGAGCCAUCCGGAUCCAAGCGCAAUUCGGAUGAUACCUCUUUGGCUUUCUCCUUGGCUACUUUGCAGCCUACUCCUAGAGUGGGUAUGUGCCCGCUACACCGUUCCGCUGAUGUUCAUGCUGCUUGCAGAGUGGUCCUGGGUGUCCGGAGCCCCGCCACAGUCGCGACUCGACUGGGUUCUUCGCAAUGUAAUCUUUUGUCUCACCAGCACAGUUGCUCAUCUCCCUUCAGCUCUGCUCGCGACUCUGUCCUUCACUCUGAAGCUUCGCCAGCACGGCCGCUUGUUGGAUCAGCUUCGAGACUUCGACGUUCGGUCUUCAAAGUGCACUGUGGAGAGCGAUCGCCCUAUGCUGGAGGCAGAGAUAGCCAGCUUGCACAAGGAGCAGAAAAUGUCCGUUGAAGACGUGCCUUUGCUCUUCAGAUCCUCCGGCAUGGACGUAGAUCAGGAGGAGUGCCUCGAUCUCUUUAGCGCGUAUGUUCGUGGGCAGCUGCACGACCAGAUCGUGGAAGAAUUGGGGAACCGAACAGAGUUGCCUUUUGGCCUUUGCAUCCUGGUGUACAUGCCUAUGCACUUUUUCAACUAUGCGGAGUCAUUUCUGGCAUGUGAAGGAUACGGCUGUGAAAAUGCACUGCAGUACUUCGGCUAUCAGUCUGUCCAGCAGCUUUUCAUCUUCGAUGCGGUGAUUUAUUUUAUCAUGAUGGUCACAACGCUCCCCAUGACAUUUCCGUGUCUGUUGAAGAUGCUUGACCUCAGUUACCUGAUUCCAGGUGGUGCCGUCGUCCAGGUUUUCUUUGCGCUGGCAAGCGGUCUGUUUUCAUAUGCGUAUGCCUUCUGUAUGGGUGGUCUCGUCGGAGGUUUCCUCAUUGGCUUCAUGGUGAAAGGCCUCUCUGCGUGCUGGCUCGUAUUUUUUGUGGGUAUCCUCGGGUUCCUGCUGGUACAGUGUUUGACAGUUUUCUGCGCCAAGUCUACCUGGUCCAGCUGCAAUGCUGGUCAACUUGGGUGCAGAUGCCUUGGACGCACAUUCUAA